GCGAUCCGCGGUGCCACAGUAGCCUCCUUUUCUCCGUGCUCCAGCAGGAUGGCAUUCCUCAAAUAUCUCCUCUCCGUUAAGAAUGAGCUUAUCCUCUUCUCGACACCAUUUCUCCUGCUGCCGCUGCCGUUAGUGAUCGGGACGCCGGAGGCAGAAUGUGGCUUUGUGAUCAUCUUGAUGGCGGUGUACUGGUGCACAGAGGUCCUGCCCCUGGCUGUGACGGCUCUCCUCCCAGCCCUCCUGUUCCCCUUGUUUGGCAUCAUGCAAUCCAAAGACGUGUGCAUGCAGUACCUGAAGGACACAAACCUGUUGUUUGUGGGGGGGCUGAUGGUUGCAGUCGCCGUAGAGCACUGGAAUCUACACAAGCGCAUUGCCCUGAGGGUGCUGCUCUUUGUCGGUGUGCGUCCAGCGCUUUUGAUGUUGGGUUUCAUGGGUGUGACAGCCUUCUUGUCCAUGUGGAUCAGCAACACGGCUACCACAGCCAUGAUGGUGCCCAUUGUCCAAGCAGUGCUGGAACAGCUCAACACCAGUGAGGCAGAAAUACCUCAGAUCCUCAGCUCAGAGGAGCAGGUCCAGACAUCAGAGAGUGACAGCAAACCGCCUCCACAGACAGAGAAACCGAGCCCAGUGGUGGUGACUUUCUUAGAUGCCGCAGUGGAGGCGGCCAAGCAUAAGGAGUUAGCAGAAAGGCGUAAAAUGUGUAAAGGGAUGACCCUUUGUGUUUGUUACGCUGCCAGCAUCGGAGGCACCGCCACACUGACGGGAACUGGUCCCAACCUGGUGCUCAAGGGCCAGAUGAACCAACUGUUUCCUCAAAAUGGAGACGUGAUCAACUUUGCCUCCUGGUUUGGCUUUGCCUUCCCAAACAUGAUAAUCAUGCUCGCGCUGGCCUGGCUCUGGCUGCAGUUUGUUUUCAUGGGAUUCAACUUUAAGAAGACGUGGGGCUGUGGAUCUGUGAAGACGGAGAAGGACAUUGCCGCCUAUAAUGUGAUACGAGAGCAGCAUCGUCUGCUGGGGCCCAUGUCCUUUGGAGAGAUCAGCGUCUUGGGUCUCUUCAUUCUGCUGGUUGUGAUGUGGUUCACAAGGCAUCCAGGCUUUGUCGAUGGCUGGGCGACAGAUAUCUUCAACUCCAAAGCAGAGUAUGUGACAGAUGCCACCGUGGCAAUCUUCAUUGCUGUCCUUCUCUUUGUCCUGCCCUCUAAACCCCCACGUUUCUGUUCAAGGAGAACUCAUAGUUUUGACACAGUAUCCCAUCAAACUGCUGGCCCAACUCCACCUUUGCUCACCUGGAAAGUUGCCCAAAAGAAGUUACCAUGGGGAAUUGUGCUUCUUCUCGGAGGAGGUUUCGCUCUGGCCAAGGGCAGUGAAGAAUCAGGACUCUCAAAGUGGAUGGGCGAUCAAAUGACUCCUCUGCAAAAUAUCCCUCCCUGGGCAAUUGCUAUCAUUUUGUGCCUCCUGAUUGCUACCUUCACUGAGUGCACGAGUAAUGUGGCAACCGCAACGCUCUUCCUACCUGUCUUGGCCUCAAUGUCUCAGUCCAUUGGAAUCAAUCCAUUGUACGUCAUGGUGCCUUGUACACUGAGUGCCUCCUUCGCCUUCAUGCUGCCUGUUGCUACUCCUCCAAACGCCAUAGUCUUCUCAUAUGGAUACCUCAAGGUUGCUGACAUGGCCAGAACAGGGAUAGUCAUGAACAUCAUUGGCAUCCUAUGUAUUACACUGGCCAUUAACAGCUGGGGCAAGGUCAUGUUUGACCUGGACUCCUUCCCCGUCUGGGCCAACGUCACUGGGGUGUGAGCCUGGUUCUACCAGAGGAGAUGAUCCAUGCACACCCUGCCCUCCCCAUCCACAAGUGCCGCACGAAGAUCUCUGGUCAGAGCGACAGCAGAGGACCACACGGUGGACUGCCUGCGUCCAAUUGCUGUUCGGAUACAAGGCCCUCAACGCUUGUUCUCUUUGACACCUGAGUAUUGCUUGUGAAAGAAGUGGUGAUGAAUAUGAGUAGGAUUGGAAGAAGAGUGGUUGAAGAAUUAAAUUAUAAUCUUUUUUUUUUACUUAUUUUUGUAUCAUAAUGAAGUUACACUUGAAGGAAAAACCCUGUAUGCUCAUGAAACAGCAUGACUGAAUUCAUAUACUGGCAGUUUUUAUAUCCAGAAGGUAAUUCUAGAGACAACAUUCAAAUCCAGAGAGCUCAUGAGGUCAGAUAUGUUUUACACAAUCACCCAUAGUCACAUCUAUUACAACAUACUGUACAAUAUAAAAAUAUAACUUAGCACAUUUACAGCACUUAAGUACAUUUUACAUGUACUUUACUUAAGGGUUUAAAUUUUGUACCACAAUUACUUACAAAUAUGUAUUCAUCUGACAGCUGUAGUUACUAGUUAUGUUCCAUAUUAAGAUUUUACACCUCAACCAGAUACAACAUUCAAAUUCUGUAUUAAAACAUGAGUAAUGAUCCAAUAACAUUAGGUAUAAUAGGGGUAGUCCUGUACUUUGAUAUAUUUUUAUAUCAGUAUUUUUGUACUUUCACAAAUAUUGAAUGCAACACCUUUACCUGCAAAGGAGUAUUUAUACAUUAUAGUUUUACUACUUUUACUUAAGUAAAAUACUACUUCCGCCACCACCACCACCACUCCUACUCUAAGUAGCAGGACUGUAUUCUACAUACACAGCUCCCAAAGCAGUUUCAAAGUAACAGAUUCUUAGAUAGGUUUGUCAUUUGGGUAUUUGCAGAUAAUGGGCUGCUAUGUAUAUUAUAGCAAAGAACUGAUAACAAGAACAUACAUACUAUUGCCGACAUCUACAUCGACCCCUGUGUUGACCUGGAUGUGUGAGGGGAUAUGAUACCUCCAGCAUCGGUUGAACUUUAAAAUGUAUCAUCACUGCAAAAGUAAGACUCUGUAUCUGCCUUGUGCAAACAUAAUAACUUAUUGUACUGUAAACACAUUUUCAGUAUUUCAGUCAGUACACUAUGGUCUAACACUGUGAAAGGUCCCAGUAAUGAAGUCUCCCUGAAUAACAAUAAAGUGGAAUUUAAUAAUCAUUAUAUUUGUGUCAUAAAUUAAAAAAAACUUUUGCACAAAUUA